CCCUCUGACCGCUUUAUAUCUGGUUUCCUGCUCUUUUCCUCUCUCCGUCUUUAUUGCGUUCCUUCGGUUUUCUACCUCUUUGUUUUAACUUUCAUGAAAACUCAAACGGGUGGGCUAUUAGUGAUGAAGUUUUAAACUUUAUCUUGCGCGAAAGCAGCUCUGGUUCUUGCAGUAUAUAGCGGAAAGAGAGGCGUGCGCGUCGCGGAGUCGUGUUACUUUGCGUCUGGCCAGUUACAGGAGGAGGAGGUAUGGGGUGAGCAGUGAAAUGCCAAGUCUCUGGAAGCAGAUCGUGUUCUCCUUCGCUUCGAUACUCAGCAUCGGUUCUGUGGUGCUCUUGGUCGUGGCUCUGUCCACCGAGCGCUGGGUCACCGGGACCACAUUGUGCCAGACAGGAGUGGAUCUGGUGAACGCGUCACGGCCGGAGCUCGAGCAGUUUACUGGACACAUUUACUACGGCCUCUUCCAGGGGGGCAAAACACGCAGAUGCGGCCUCGGAAUCCGCCGCGCAAAAAUAUACAUUUUCCCAAAACUCAUCAAAAAAAUCAACAGUGGCCUUCACAUGAUCAUCAUCUUCUUCCUCUUCACUGCUAUUGGCUUUGCAGUAGUCAGUUUAGCUUUCUGUAUAUAUAAUGCCAGGAAAGUUCCUUAUCAAUCCAUCAAAGGACCUUUUGGCCUCUACAUCUGGAAUUUCAUAGCAGCUCUGUUCAGUGCAAUGGGUUUUGCCUGCUUCCUUGCAGCAAUUCAGUGCCAUAAACUCACAGAACACGUGGCGAACUACAGCGAGAGCCUUUUUACCCUGGUGAUCCUUGAGGAGAAUCUUGGUUUCUCAUUCUGGUUGGUUGUUGCCAGCGCUGUAACGCACGGAGCGAACAUUCUGGUUGUAGCUUCCAGUAAAAUUCAUCUGCCUAAAAUACAGACUAAAAAACCAGAGGAACCCACAGCCACUGGAGAAGAUUUCCUGUACUGAAGCACAAAGACUAGUUGAAAGGUUUGACUGUGCUGAUUAGCCAAACCCGAGGUGCUUAUGGAGUGAUCUAAGGAUUAUAAAAAUGGACUGUUGUAAAUACAGCUUUAUUAUGUGACAAAAAAGAAAUCCACUUGAAAAAUCCACUCUUUUCUUUUUACAGUAUAUUUUUUGAAUGACAAUUUAAGGACUUCUGAAAUAUGAAGCAAGUGAAAUAUUAUGGUUAUCUUACUUGCCAUUUCAGAGCUACUAAGAAAUAUACAUUAUGUAAUAAUGCAUCAUUACUG